AUGACAACCAACACGAUCAUAUUCACAACAACUAAGUCUAUUUUAAGUAGUCUCGGUGACAUUUUCAGAGAAACAACAUUGCAAAAAAGUACGACGGAUAAUAUAGUUCUUAUAGUAACGUCUGAUGGUACUACGGCUCCGCAGCAAAAUUCUACUGAUGUGAUUCGGACAUCAAACCUUGACGAGGAGAACAUUAAACGUCUGCUAAAGAUAGAAAACGCAUUCGAAGCUGAAGCGCUAACGCCGAUAACCGUUUAUCUAAUCCUUCUAAUGAUAACGGGUGUUAUUGGAAAUACUAUUGUCUUGUAUAUCUACAAAUUCAGGUUCAAAAGGUCAACACCGAGAAUAUUCAUUCUGAGUCUCGCUGCGUUUGAUUUGAUCACGUGUAUUUUAGGGAUGCCAUACCAUAUCUUAGACAUGAUUUAUCCUUAUCUGUUUGUAUGGGACACCGCUUGCAAAGUUCUAAGUUUUGCUCUUACAUUUACGAUUUUGGCAUCUAUAUUUAUACUGGAUCUCAUCGCAAUUGAUCGAUACAGGAAAAUUUGUAGACCGUUUAAAAAGCAGCUUUCUGGUAUAGGAUCAAAGAAUAUGAGUUGGGUGACUGUUCUUAUAGCAAUAAUCUCUGCCAUUCCAAUGCUUCUAAUCUAUGGCACCGCUGAAGUCCCAACCGCUAGGAAUCCAAAUAUAACAGGAAAGGCAUGCUACGUCUCAGAUGACUAUAUCGAAUCUUACUUCCCAUUAAUCUACGAUUCUUUCACUUUCUUGAUUUUUAUCGUAUCAGUUUUUAUACUAGUCGGAUUUUAUAGCAAAGUCGGUGUUACAAUUUGGAAGCGUAGGAAAUUUAACGAGUCAAAUGAAUCAAAAAGAUCCGGUUCCGGUCAAAGCACGCCAAAAACAUCGAUCAUACAACUGAACGUCAUUACAGAUGAAGCUAAAGAAGGUGGUAAUGUUCAAAUAUUUGAUUCAAAUUCUUUGGUCACGGCACCAAAAGAUUCACCUUUACCAUACAGAUCGACAACGUCUGAUCCAAAGAAAGAAAGGAUGAACCGUAAAGCACUGCGGUUGAUGUCUAAACCUUCAAGUACUGCUCACGAUUCUUCUACAAUUGAUCACAGGUCUACACGGUCCAAUAAAUCUUCGCACAGACUUCAUGUGACAAAGAAAGAGAAGAGAAUACUGAGAAUAACAGGCAUGUUGUUUGUUAUAACAUUGAUUUUUAUUAUAAGUUUCCUCCCUUAUCUGUGUAUAGAAAUUGUGAACGGUUUGAAUGAUGAAUUUUGGGAUGAAAAGAGCAUCUCGGAAAUUAUCUUUUUCAAUCUUCUUAUGAGGACAUACUUUAUCAACAGUAUGAUAAAUCCUAUAAUCUACUGGUUCCUGGAUCACAAAUUUAAAGAGGAGGUUAUCAGACUAUUUAAUGACAUGAAAAGUUGUAAAGCAUCUACUCGAUUCGGACAAAAAAGCUUCCAUUCGUAACAUGCAUGUGAAUAUCUAUUCUAGAAGUAUACCAGAAGGUAUAACACAUUGUCAGAGGAAUUGUAUGACAUUAAAUCAAUCUUAAUCACAUUCGCAUGAUUAGAAUUUUAUUUCAACUAAUUUAUCAAUUUUUAUUUUAUUAACUUUUUCAAUUCUAAUACAUCCCUGGCUUUCAAAUAUUUUGCUUUCAGUGUUCCUGGUGAAGGUUAAUACAGAAAUUCGCUUCGAACGCAUGGAAUUUAUAACGUGUUGUUUUCAUUUUUUAUCAAAGUUUUUUACUAUAUCUAUUGUGUAUAUCAUUUUAUAUCACUGUAAAUCACCAAUGAAUUAAUAUUGUAGUUUUGUAUAAAGUCGUACAUGAUA